AAAUCGCACAAAGUCCAAUAACUUUUUGUUUUAUUUAAUCCAACAAAUUGGGCGCACGAGUACUUGUACAGAUUCCUAUUCUGUAACACCUGAUCAAUUAUCAUGAUGAGAAUGACCUUUCCCAACUUAUCGCGCAACUUAUAAAACCGGCUAUCUCACACAUGUCGUAAUCUCUCAAAAAACUAAUCAUUGAAUUUAUAAUUUAAGUUAGUUUAGAGAUCGGCACCAUCAUGUUUGCAAACAAAUUCAAAACGUUAUUUGCUGCAAUGUCCCUUGUGUAUUUUUUGAUUUCGCUUUUUAUUCAUUUGCUUGACUCACAUGUUCCCAUCCCACAUUUUAUACUGAAGAUGAUUAGAUAUGGCAAACUAGUUAACGAUGCAAAGGAAAGGUCAGCGAUUUCGUGGAAGAAUUUGGAAGUUCCGAAGUCAUAUUUUAAGUACAUUUAUUCAGUAUCAGCUUGGGUAUACGUCCCUAUUAUACUCUACCAAGUUAUUUUGGUUUACUUUUUGGAGAAAAAUGCUUCUCAGUGGUUUACCGCUUUAUUGGAUAUUUGUUGCGGCUCAGACCGAAUUGCCAUGGUUUCAACGACCCACACCGUUAUAGCGGUCUUCCUAAUGACUUUACAGAUUUGGAGACGCUUUUACGACACUCAUUUUGUGUCAGUAUUUAGCAAAAAAGCCUCAAUGUUCUGCUUGCAGUUUAUUAUAGGAAUUUUUUAUUAUUUUAUUGCAUUGGUAAUACUACUAAGUGAAGCCCCGAAAUUUGCAGUUACGCGAGGGGAGGAUAAGUUUAACUGGUCCCACGUUACAAUAACUGACGCAGUUGCAGUUUUGGUAUUUUUCUGGGCUUGGUACCGGCAACACACGACCACAGUGAUUUUGGCCAAUUUGCGAAAAAAUAAAAAAGGGGCGGUUGUUACCGAAAAUUACAAACUACCAGAGGGUGAUUUGUUCAAGUAUUUAUCGUCACCACACUGCACCACCGAGAUUUUAAUGUACUUAUGCUUGUGGGUAAUCCUGGGUUACCAACAUAGCUGGUGGUGCGUUUGUACACUAGUUUUGUCUAACCAGCUGGACUCAAUAAUUAGUACCCACAAGUGGUACAAAAAAAAAUUCAAGAACUUUCCGAAAGAAAGGAAGGCGUUGAUACCAUUUGUAAUAUAGACUUGUUUCAAAACCAAUAAAAAACAUUGUGACGAAAUAAAGCAUUUAUUUAUUUGUUGGCAUAA